CAUGCCGGAUUUUUUGACGAUGCGAGGAGAUUCGUUGUAUGCAGAGUGAGGUGUGAGAGAUGUCACUUUUGCAGUUGGAAGAAGGUGGCGUCCUUUUCCUUUGUAGAGUUUAGGUAGGUUGGUGAGAGGUGAGAGGCGAGAGGUGAGUGGUGAGUAGGUGAGUAGGUGAGUAUAAUAAAGCAGCUCAGCUGUUGCGAGGACUCCGACUCCGUAAGCGUCUAAUUACGACCUGAUGAGGUCGAGGUGCUGAUUGUGACCAAUGGACUCGACCGGCUCCUCUGGACGAAUCCUGUGCCCUGGCCCUGGUCCUGGUCCUUAUUCGUCAAGGCCUCCGAGUCUGGUACAAAAUUCCGGUUCAUGCAGAGAGUCGAGUCUCCCAAGCAGAUGCAGAUGGGUCAUCGGGGGGUCAUAUGGGGCUUCAUAUGGGGGUUCAUAUGGGGGGUCAUCUGGUCUGACCCAAUUAACCACCACCCCAGCCACCUUUUUAUUUUCUUCAAUUUCAUUUUUGUUUUCCCCGCCGGCCCCCCCUUUUAUUCCUUGCCCCCAAAGAUCGAACAUGUACAUGACGCUACCUCACACCUCGUACGGUGCCAGCUCACCCACCCUCCGAACAUGUAGAAGGGACUUGACUUCCCCGGUACCUCAUGUUGAUACGUCGAUAUAUAUUUCCGAAAACACACAUCUGUUCCAAACAUACACAAGUACAGUACACUUAAUCCGCCCCCUUUCUGCCUCCAUCUUGCCCCCCAAAGGACCCAGCGCAAUUCUCCAAUGGCUUCUGUGCUCGCCCACCACUCCCCUCGCCAAGCAGCUCAACACCACCAUAGCCCAUCAUAAGACAACGAGAAGGGCGGAACGAGAAGAAGAAAAAGUAAGAGAAAAAGACAAACGUCAAGCGGGUAGUAGAAAUAAAAGACGUUUAAGCCCGACGUCGGAAAAUAAAAUAAAACAAUAAAAGAAUAAACAAGCGGCUUCCCCGAAAACGCCUUUCCCACCAGGACCAUCUCCCAUUGCGUGAAUGCAGCGCCGACAGCACCUCCUUUUUCCUUUUGCCCCUUUCUCAUUCGUCAUCGCUCUCUGCUCCAUUACUCUCUCCGUUGGCCGCCCCCGCCCCCGCCGCCGCCUCCCUGGAUGCCGCCGCCGC